UGUUAUUCUCACGCUAACAUGCGAGAUCCGUAGACCGACUCAACUGCGCGGUCGCAUUCCGCCCCGACUUCCCCUCUGCCAGCGGCCUGGUGGUUUGAGAUGAGUAGAAGAUGUCGGUGUCGGGGCUGAAGGCCGAACUGAAGUUUUUGGAGUCAAUUUUUGACCCAAACCACGAACGAUUCAGAAUAAUAGACUGGAAACCCGAUGAACUCAGUUGCCAAUUCAACGUAACAGGAGAGAAGCUGCUGAUCAUUCACUGCAACAUCACGGAAUCCUAUCCCUCAACACCCCCAAUAUGGUUUGUUGACUCUGAUGAUCCUAGUCUGGCUGAAGUGUUGGAACGCUUAGAGGAUGUGAGAAAAGGCAGCACAUUGCUUCUUCAGCAGUUGAAGCGGCUCAUUUGUGAUCUCUGUCGGCUUUACAACCUGCCACAACAUCCCGAUGUAGAAAUGCUCGACCAGCCUCUACCUGCUGGUCCAAUUACCCAAGAGCGAAAGCACGGACCAUCAGAUGAAGUGACAUCUGAAGAGGAAGAGGAGGAGGAAAUGGGAGAGCAGGACAUUGACUUGGACCAAGACCUGGACCAUUAUGACAUGAAAGAAGAGGAGCCAGUAGAUGGAAAAAAGUCAGAAGAUGACGGGAUAGAAAAAGAAAAUCUGGCCAUCUUGGAGAAGAUUCGUAAAAACCAGAGACAGGAUCACUUGAAUGGUGCGGUCUCUGGCUCGGUGCAAGCCUCAGACCGCCUAAUGAAGGAACUCAGGGAGAUCUACAGAUCACAGAGUUACAAGACAGGUAUUUAUUCAGUCGAACUAGUCAAUGACAGCCUUUAUGAAUGGCAUGUCAAAUUAAGGACGGUAGACCCAGAUAGUCCAUUACAUAGUGACUUGCAGGUCUUAAAAGAAAAGGAAGGAGUGGACUACAUUCUGCUCAAUUUCUCUUAUAAAGAUAAUUUUCCUUUUGACCCACCUUUUGUACGGGUUGUCUCACCUGUGCUCUCCGGAGGUUAUGUUCUAGGAGGAGGGGCCUUGUGCAUGGAACUUCUCACAAAACAGGGCUGGAGCAGUGCCUAUUCCAUAGAAUCUGUCAUUAUGCAGAUAAAUGCAACUCUGGUGAAAGGAAAAGCCAGGGUGCAGUUUGGAGCCAAUAAGAACCAGUACAAUCUUGCCAGAGCACAACAGUCAUACAAAUCCCUUGUGCAGAUUCACGAAAAGAACGGCUGGUACACACCACCUAAAGAGGACGGAUAAGGAGCUACUACCACUAUGCACAGGGAACAUGUCUUUGGGUCAAAGUAUCUUGUUUUCUUUGGAAUAUUUUCCCCUUCUGACUUACUGGGGAUAUAUCAUCUUUCUUGUGGAAACCAUCUCGUUGGCUCAUCUGACAAGUAUUCCUUCGCCCCGGUCCGGGAAAAAGACUGUAUUCUGGUGUCACUUUGCUUCUCUCCUCAGUGUUUUCCCCUCAGUGUGAGGAGGAUGAUGUGAGGGUAUCACUAGUCCUGUUAUCUAAAUAUGCUCAUUUGUCUUUAAAAAAAAAAAAAAAAAAAAAAACUUUUCUCCCUUUAAAUAUGGGGAAAUGCUUUUUCUUUCGCUGCUUUGACAAACUGGGCUUCACAAACAGUCAGUUACACCUCUUUAAAUGGGAAUUUUAAAAUGAUACUGAAGCUCUUGAAGUGGCACCUCACCGCACCUGUUUUUAUUGACUUAAGUUUUUUGGAAAUCAAGUGGUACAUAAAUGCAAAUAUUGUUUUAGAAAUAUUAUUUGGCAAUUGUUUUUAUUAUUUGAGCAUCCUAGACAAUAAAUGAGCCAAUUUUCAUAUUUUAGGAGCGUAAAUUUAAAUUGAGAUGACCUACCAUUCUGUAUCUUUUAGCUCUUACUUUUUAAAAUGCGUGAAGAAUACUGGGCCAAGUGGAACCAAAAUGCUGCAGUCUUGUUGAACAAAUCCACCAGUGGUUAAUAUGAAGUCAUGGCCAGUGGAUUUGAAAUAUCUCAGAAUCUGCAUAUUAUAUAUCUUGGAAAGAGGAUACAUAGAUAUAUUUUCACCAGAUGAACAUUGUGGCAUCAUUUUGAGAGUCCUAACAGACCUAAUGUUGAAGCUGAGGAGCUCUUUUUGCCGUAUUUCUGUUAACACAGUGCCCCCCCCAAUGCUUUGUUUGGCCAUUGGCCUUUCUCUUGAUUACCGCUGCAGAGGUUGAUGGCUAGUUUGAUGCUGAAAAUGAAGCCCUAUGUGUGCAGCCUUAAAGCUCACAGCAUGUUGCACAGGGGCCUCGUCUCAACUGCUGUUGUCAGUUUGUUUAGCCGAACUGCGCUGGGAUGGGCUUGACAGAGGGAUUAAAUGAAGGGUGUUUGGAUGUGGGAUUUUUCAUCAUUGUCAUAUUUUCCUGACGUGCAUUGAUUGUCAUGGUUUGCCCCUGCCCAGUUUAGAUUUGAUACUGCCACCAUGUUGCAUUGCAUUACUUGCAACUGGAUUCAUCCGCUCUCUGCUGCCCCAGUUCUCUCAGUCAGCAGCCAAUUGUCCAGCAGUUGCGGGGCGUCCUUUUCCACCACAGUAUACCAUGGAUGUGAUUUGGUGUCUCUCUUGGUGUGUAACAAGACAGAUCAUUUGUAGUGGGAUAAGAACUGACCCGAAAUUCUGUAUGAAACUGUACGUUUUAACUUUGACCUUGCAAUAUACUGUAGUACACCAUCAGUACUGCUGUUCCCCAUACUACAGGACACACACACUGUAUCUGUCAAUCUAUUUGCUCUUUUGCAGUUUAUUUGUUAACACUGUCUGCAAAAGUACGUUUGAAUGGCAACUCAGGUAACAAACAAUCCUUAGGAGGGGAAUCUGUACAUGUUGAGUUUUGGGUUAUUUUCUUGGAUUAAUUAACGCUGUGUUCCGCUGAUGUUUAGGCUCACUCACAAACUGAUCUGAUGUCAAAAAACAGAAAAUGUAAUCAGCUUUACAACAAUAUGGGUCACAUGUUUGUUUUAAUUCAAGCGAUGUUAGAGGAAGGACAAUUACGGAGAGAUUACAGGACUGCAGGAGCAUGGUGACCGCCCCACAUAAUAGCUCAUCAGUACCCACUGAAGUCAUCUUUUGCUUUUUUUUUUUUUUUUUUUCCUCUCAAGUACUGAAGUAGAUUUGAUUUCAGUGUGUGAUCUUUGGAUAUUCCUGAUAAACAAUGUUUGCACAAAUGGCAACAAUGUGACUGGAGAGGUCAGUUAUAACAACGAGCACAUUCUAAGCUAAAUAUUUUAAAAUCAGGAAGAACUUUUUUUUUUUUUUUUUUUUUUUCGUUAGCACACUGCUCAACAUCCCGAUGUUACAGGUCUGAUAUAUCUUAGGCGUGAGGAGCUAUCAGGUAUCAUCAUCAAGAUGUGUCCUCACCACUAAAGGGCCUGUGUUGUCUGGCGGCACAGAAAAGUUGCACCAUAAACUUUUUGAAGUUUUAAGUACAACCUCCCCUGCAACAAAGCCUUUCAUCCCGCUGUGUGAUUUUUUUCUCCCUCCAAAAAGCCAAAACUGUGGUCAGAGGGAAUAUUGAGAGAUGAUUCAAGUUUGAUAGUCAUGCCGUGGUGAAUAGACUUGCACGCUUCUCUAACUGGACUGUGUGUUGAAAAGAUUCAUUUAUCUCAAUUGUCAAUUCAGUUUCCGACACCAACAAACAGAUGACAGAGUCUGGCACUGUUGGCUCGCUUUGGUUUUCUUUUAUUUUUCAUUUUCCAUUUGAAGAAAUUUUGACCAUGUACAGUAAUUUGUAAACUUGCAUCAAGUUUAUGAAUAAAGAAUUUUAAGAUUAUUGCUUUUUUUAUGGGCUUCCCUGUGUGAUUUUGAGCCACUAGGUUAACAGAAAGUGUUCAUUACUUUUAUUUAGUGGAUCUCAGAUAUUUAGGGGCUGGUAUUGAUAUUUUAUUAAAUAACAAAUAUUAGCCAGUCAUUUUGUUUACUGCUGAAACAAUUUUCAUACUGAUCUGAUUAAUGUAUAAAAGCAUUUUUAUUUGAAGUGAGUAAUGUAUCACAUAGUUUCACCUACAAUAGGUGCUGCUCCCUGUCUUACAGCCCUGAAGGGAACAUUGAAGACCUCUCAGUCAGGUUUUCGGCGAUUUUUUUUCUUUUAUGCAAAUACCUCAUAACUUCAUAAGGUUUCCUGCAAAGAACUAUGUAAUUUGGUACUAGUUAAAAGGAGGUAAACAGGAAUUUGUUUGAAAGAAAAGCUCAAUUUAAACCUCAGCAAAUAUCCAUUUAUUAUUGUAAACCUUGUUCUCAAUAUGUGCUGAGUCGCAUGCUUGCCUGUGGACAAAUCUGACGUUUUCUGCUUGUUCAGCUUUCUAUCACACAGUUUUGCUUAUUAGUACCAAAUUACACAGGUCUUUCAUAGAAACAGCUUCAGCAUUAUCAUCAAAAUAGACUUAAUGUAAAAAAAGUGAAAGUAAUCAUUAUGAUCAAUGGCCCCUUUCCUCGUGUCAUAUACUGUAUGUUAUAGGAUUGUUGUCACCAAAGGAUUUUAUGUGUGAGCAGCAUUUUUGUUGUAGUUGGUCAGUGUGGAGCUCAUUUUCAUUGUAAUCUUCAAAAAGCUCAUUCAUAUAAAGACAUUUCUGUAUAUUACUGAAUCGUAAGAAUCUUCUUAAAAAAAAAAUCGUGUCUGUAUCUUGAAACAAGAAAGAAUAAGACAGGUUAUCUGUUUUUCAUGCACCACAUGUGCAACAAAAUCCCAGAAAAGUUGACAUCUGCUUCAACUCUCAGUUCUUUUAAAUCAGGGCUGAAGACUUCUGUUUGUUACCACCUUUUA